GUACACGUGUGCUUAUGUCUGGUGGUAUCAGAGCAUCAGAGGAAGAAGAAGGAGGAGGAGGAGAAGAGAAAGGAAAAGAAGAAGAAGAAGAAGAAGAAGAAGAAGAAGAAGAAGAAGAAACUGUAGUUCCACAAAUUAAACCAGAUGCUAUUUUGAUCAGUAUCCACAAAUUAAACAAGAUCGCUAUUCGCUCUCUCUCUCUGUCUCCUGGGAAACCGCUAUAUAUUAGAGUAUGUGAUCCUCAUGGAUGUGACCUGUCUGCAAGUCACCACCAUGCCUUCAUGGGCUUUAGAAUUAGUGAUGUUGAUGAGUGA